AUGGAGGAGAUUCAAUUUUAUACCAACUUGGAUGACGUCAUUUGUCCCAUAUGCCUGGACUUUCCGCAUAACGGUGUUCUCCUUCAAUGCACAUCUCAUGGAAAAGGAUGUCAGCCUUUUGUAUGUGACACGGACCAUUUGCACUCAAACUGUCUUGACCGUUUCAAACAAGCAAAUAGAAUGUUAGCUGCUUCUAAAUCACCGAGUUCUGCUGAGAACUUAAAUGUCUUGGAUUCAGGAUCCAACAGUAAACCAGCUUGUCCCUUAUGUAGAGGAGAAGUUACAGGAUGGGUUGUUGUUGACAAGGCUCGUAUACAUUUGGACGAGAAGAAACGUUGUUGUGAAGAGUACAAAUGUUCAUUCAUCGGAACCUACUUGGAACUUAAACAACAUGCGCAAUUAGAGCAUCCUCAUGCACGGCCUUCACAAAUUGAUCCUGCACGACAGCUUGAUUGGGAAAAUUUCCAGCAAUCUUCCGAGAUCAUAGACGUUUUAAGCACUAUCCAUUCACAAGUCCCACGAGGUGUUGUUUUGGGUGAUUAUGUGAUAGAAUAUGGGGAUAACUCUGAUGACGAAUUUGAUGACUUCCCUGGGGAUGAAGGAAAGUGGUGGACGUCUUGCAUACUAUAUCAUGUAUUUGAAAAAUUUAGAACAUCCAGGAACAGAAGAAAGUCAAGAAUGAGGGAUUCCAGAAGAGGAAGUCGCCGUCUGAGUUAUGACACUUCUAACUCUGAAGAGGGCAGACAGCUGGCCAUCACAUUUCUCGAAGGCGCCGUUCCCGCUUCCAUGACAAUUAAGAAUAGAGUAGACUGUAGCUGCGGAAUGGCAGGAAAGCUUUUAACAAUAUUAGUUGAAGGAAAAGUGCCGGCAGGGUAUGUUUGGUGCUGCUAA